AGUCGUGUUUUUAUUAGUUAAAGAGCUUUUAUUGUUUACAUAAAUCAGCAUACAAGGAAAUACGGUAUCAGUUCAGGCAAGUACAUUCGCAGCCAAUGAAAAGAUGCACAUUACCUCCAUCUUAGACGCGCCAUUUAAUGAGCCAGUUUUGUGGCAGCAACUGCAAGCAUGAACGAAACACAAUCCAGAUAAAGUGAGCCGUGUGGAUCGUAAAGAAUGCAAGUGACCGAAGAUCUGUGUUCCUACUCCACGCGUUUUUUUUCUUUCUACUAUAUUCUACUAAUAAAUAAUAUAGCGCCACCACACUCGCCUGACCAAACGGCGAGUAUAACGGAAGAAACAUCGUGAGACGCACGGUGCAUGGGUCGCCGCGCCGCCGGCGCUGUCCCGGCGCCGCGCCGUGACCGUCCAGCCAUUGACGAUGUUGGUAGCGGAGCAGCUGGCUCGCUCCUGUCGAUAGAUCAGGUUCACACCGAACCCUCGAUGGUUUUAAAAUCUCUCGCCGGAUCCACGCCAACUGAACCUCGCAACCGCCAGCGUUUUUAUACCCGCCGUCGCCUUCCCUCCUCCUCGGCCAAAAGACAUCAGCCACACUUCGCAGGAGCCGCCGCCGCCAUGGGCAACCUGGUGUCGGCGAGCGCGGGCGGCGGCAAGAUCGUGCUGCCGGACGGGAGCGUCAGGGCGCUGUGCGAGCCCGUGUCCGUGGCCGAGCUCAUGGUGGAGCACCCGCGCCACUUCGUCGUGGACGCGCGCCUCGCGGUGGCCAGCGUCGACAAGGUCGCCGCGCUGCCGGCCGACCACCUGCUGGACGGUGCCGGGGUGUACGUCGUGCUCCCGGCCACCCAGGGCAGGGUCUCCGCCGACGAGGCCCGGCGAGCGCUCACGGCAUCGCGGCUGCUUGCGCGGUGCCGGUCGAUGCCGGUCAGCGCACAGGAGCAGCGGGACGAGGCUGCGCCGUUGCUUGGCGGGCCCGGCGACCACCAGCCGGAGUUCCUGAGCCAGGAACUGACGCGCGGCGGGCCUUGGAAGCCCAGCUUGAGGACGAUCGAAGAGCGCGUGCUGCCGAGGAAGGUGCCUCACUGGCUCUUCUGACGCCGAUCGACUCGUGCAACUGCAAACGGAUGUGAUCUUGUUUAAAAAUAAAAAUUGGCAUGUGAUUAGAGACUUUUUCUGAACCGAUUUGGUGCUGCAUAUAUGUAUAUAUAUAUACAUGGCAAAAGAGCGGAGAUCUUA